GAGGACACGCUUUUUCGGGAAACGCAGGAAGUAUUUAAGUCUCAAAGUCGUUGAGCCUCACCUUGUGAUUUGCAAAACUGAUGAAACGCUCUUAAAUGGUUAUUAAACAUUACAGAGUUACAUUCUUGCGACGAAAUGUCUUUUCCUACAAAGUGAUUCGCUUAUUUGGCGAAUAUUUGUCAGUAUAGACUAUUAUAACACCAAGCGCUUCCAAUUCUCGAGGAAUUUUCAAAGAAUCACGCAGAAAGUAAAAAUAAAAUCAGUCCCCUUUUACCGCGUCUAAACGAACAUAUAUGGAAAUUUCACACCUUUUCUACCUUUGGAAUUCCUUUGAAAACAAUUGCCGUUACCAAGACUGUGGAACUUGAUGUAUUCAAGGUUAAUCAUGGACGUCAAGUUGCAUCUGUGCCUUUUGCUGAGUGUUUUUGGAGCCAUUAGCUGCUCCCCAGCUUGCAAGAAUCUGCUGUUUGGAGUGACAAAUGGUAAACUCUACGCGAGAACUCCUCCCCAAUAUGCCAAAGACAAUUGGCUUGGAUCAGCCAGAGUAAUAGGGACAGCGGGUUGGAAUGACUUCCAAUUCCUGUUCUUCCACCCAGAUGGUACCUUAUAUGGUGUUUGGAAUGGCAAGUUCUACAAGGGGCCACCUCGUCAGGGCUCCUGGGCCGCAGACUGGAUCAAAAAAGCCACCCAGAUUGGAAGUGGUUGGAACGCCUUCAAGUUCCUCUUCUUUGAUCCUAAGGGAGUGCUGUAUGGCGUUUAUGGAAAUAAGUUGUACAAAAGGUUCCCACCAACUUCCCGUCGUGACAACUGGAUUAGAUCCGCCACACUGGUGGGGUCAGGUCGAUGGUCGGUCUUUCAGUUUCUCUUCUUCGACCCACGGGGAAUCUUAUACGGCGUGGAAAACGGCAAGUUUCUCAAGAGGGCUCCUCCCAAAUUUGCGAGUGACAACUGGCUACGAUCAGCCACACUCAUUGGCACUGGCGGCUGGAAUCGUUUUCAGUUCCUUUUCUUCAUGGCUGAU